AUGAUGCUCCAGGUGAGGGCCAAGUGGGUCGACAAUCAGACGAACCAAAGCCACCACCCGGACAGCCAGACGAAUCACAGCUAUCAGCCGGAGAAGAUGGAGAAGCACUACCACCACCACCACCAUCAUGGCGACGGCCGCCCUCACUAUCCGACACCACCGUGUCUUCCGCCGAUAUGCAAGCAAAAGGACUCAAAGGGCCACUGUGAAGAUGCAGGUUGCAAGCGGCAUGAGUUCUCUUCUUCUUUCAGCAACGAUGGGCGAUGCGAAGGGUAUACCAGCGAUCCAGAUGCCGACAGUCAUUCGUGUUUCCUGAACAGCAACAAGUACAAGUGCUUGUCGUUCAGCGGCUGUCGAUGGAAGACAAGUUACUUCAGCACCAACGGGGUUUGCGAUGGGGAAAGUUGGAAAUAUUGCGGCGCUUACUGGUCGGCGGACCCAUGCUACCGCCAUGACUGUAGAUGGGACGAGGGCCUUCAUCAAGAAUGGCUUAGGCACCCGCGACACCGGUGA